AUACUAUUAAGUACGUUUCCUUAAAUGUUAAAACAGUGAGUACUGGUACAGCAGUUGCAACAAUGGUUCUGACGAUAUACUAUACCAGUGUUAGUGGAUCUAGAGAGGUGAAACAGCAGCAACAUGCAAUCUUUCAAUAUCUGGAUUCCAUGAAGAUAAAAUAUAAUCUCAUUGACAUUGCGACCAGUAAUGAUUUGAAAGAAGAAAUGUACCGAAAAACUGGAAAGACUGAAAUAAUGCCACCUCAGAUCUUCAAUGGCGAUAUCUACUGUGGAGACUAUUCAAUGUUCUUUGAAGCUGUAGAAGAUAUGAAAGUGAAGGAGUUUUUCCAGUUAAAAUAAUCAAUGAAACCAACCCACCCGAUUUCAAGCAUCCUCAAGCCGGAUCUCCAUUGUGUCCUUAUUUGACACGUUAAAUUAAAUAUAUA